GCCCCAGCAUUCCUCCCGUCAUCAAACAAUCAUGGCGGACUACCGAGAGGCGCCCUUGGCCACUCGGCCAAAAACAUUGGAUCCAAAUGAAUAUUUCAACCUUUCGCCGGAGCAGAGACGUGCCGAAGAAGACAGAGCGGCAGUACGAGCAAAUCUGAAGAGGCAGUAUCAGAUGCAGCUGAAUAACCCGCACAGAAAAGAGCUCGUUGAAGACCCUGCUCUGACACGCUGGGUGUAUGCACGGGCCAACCCCUACGUACACUUCAAGCCCACAUUCAAGACAUCUCUGAUGGGUGCUAUGUUUGGAGUUGUGCCUCUCUUUGUCCUCUACUACGUCUUCAAGACAGACAGGGAUAGGAAGGAGGAGCAGAUUAAGGCUGGAACCCUCGAGCGCAAGUUCAGUUUGUCAUCAUGAGCUCAGAUGUAUAAAGACCUCCUGUAUGUUCUAGUGAUGAUGUUUGUGCGUAUAAUUAUUAUUAAACAAAUAAAAUUAUAUUGUCAAAAA